AUGUCAGCGGCUUCUGGUCUCGGAGACUUCGGAGGGCUCCCGGAGUUCGUUGAACAACCUCACCAGGGUCCAGGUGUGGUGUCCCCUCUCCAUGGGGAUGAUACCCUGGAAAUCAUGGCGGAUCAGAUGCAGCUCGAAGAGAUGGACAAUGAGAUCUUCGAGCCGCUGAACCAGUUCGAUGACGACCUCAAGGACCUAAUGAUCGACUGCAUCACGGAGAAGGUCCGUCGGAUCUUGUCCCUGGAUCCCUCCAAGUACAAGAACGGCCGGCUCCCUUUCGGCUUGAAGCCUGACAAGGGCAUCGCCUUCGGUGACGACGAGGACUUGGAGGCAGAGCUAGAGAGGCUCCGGGAGCAGAAUGAAAGGCUGAAGGAGGAGAACGAAGAGCUGCUGCGAAAGCUGGAGGUGGCACGCGCAGCGGCCGACCGCUGGAAGCAGAAGUUCCUGGAGCUUCAAAAUGCGGCCGGGGAGGUCAAGGCACCCAAAUCGAGGGAGAAGCCUGCGCGCCCCAAAUACAUUCCGGAAUUCGCAAUUCUUCCCCGAUAUGUUUUCCAAAGCUAUACCCUUGGGGGUUCCCUAUAA